AUUUGUGCGUCAUCUGCACUCGCCAAACGUGAUCCGCCUAUGUGAAAACAGUAACACUGAUGAGACUGAUAUCAGUCAGAGAAUCUGGACGAGGAGGCGGUCAGUGAACGCCUCAUCACAAUGCCUGCUCGGACCCUCCAGGAGCUUGUGUCCACCGCAGCCUCUCUGCACGCCGACCGAGCGGCAGUCCUGUAUGACAGCGGCCCAGGAGGGACUGAAGCUUCGGGUUCUCUGCUCUACAGUGAGGUGGCUCAACUUUCUGAUGGGCUUGCUGCUGUUUUACUGAAGAACUGUUGUCCUAGCAGCGGUGUUAUCGGCCUGUACUGCAGCGAUGAUCUGCUGGUCCCUGUCUGGAUUCUAGGGAUCCUGCAGAGUUCAGCUGCUUAUGUCCCUCUGGACCCAGAGGCUCCAGGACUUCUCUCCGCCAGAAUUAUGAGACAGUGUGGCCUCAAGUACUGCGCUGUGAGGAGGGACCUUGUGCAGCGAUUCCAGGAAGCUCUUGUCAAUCAUGUCUCUGUGGAGGUUUGUGUGGAGAUGCCCCAGUUCAGAUUAACCUUGAUGCGCAUCGAGCCCCAUCCAGUCGCAAAGGAUGGAUCUCAGACAGCUCAGAGAGCAGGCGGCUGUGAUCCCUGUCCUCGAACUUUUCUCCGAAAGGAUUCAGGGUGCCCAGACUUGGCGUACGUGCUGCACACAUCUGGAACAACAGGUCCUCCCAAGACUGUGAGGGUACCGCACAUGUGUAUUGUCCCCAAUAUACUUCAUCUGAGAUCUCUGUUCCAGAUGAGCACAGAAGAUGUGGUUUUCCUCGCAUCCCCUUUGACCUUCGAUCCCUCCGUGGUGGACAUAUUUCUGGCCUUGUCAUCUGGGGCUUUGCUCCUCAUAGUCCCUGCAGUGAUCAAGAAGAUGCCUAGUCGACUUGCCCAACUGUUGUUCAAAGGUCACAGAACUACAGUUCUUCAGGUCACGCCCACUCUGCUGAUGCGUUUCGGUCAUCAUAUUCUGAAACAGGACGUGCUGUCGUCCGGAUCCUCACUGCGGGUGUUGGCUCUGGGUGGAGAGGCCUGUCCUUCUCCGGCUCAGCUGAGUGGCUGGAAACACGAGGACAAUAAAACCUGCAUCUAUAACAUCUACGGCAUCACCGAGGUCUCCUGCUGGGCUUCCUGCUACAGGAUACCAGAACCUCUGCUGCAGUCCAGCAACCUCACGCCAUCCUCUGUGGCCCUUGGGACUCCCCUGAUGGACACUGUGGUGGAAGUCAGGGAUGAAAAUGGCUGCAUGAUCACAGAGGGCGAAGGCCAGGUUUUCAUAGGCGGAGAGGACAGGGUGUGUCUCUUGGAUGGCGAGGACACUGUUGUCCCCGGGACGAUGAGAGCAACAGGAGACUGGGUGACCAUCAGAGACGCCCAGCUGUACUAUCUGGGACGGAGAGACAGAAUGAUUAAACGGAAUGGGAAACGGGUGAACUUGGACAGCUUGCAGCAACUGAUCCUGAGCCUGCCUCAGGUAGAAGCAUGUGCUGUGGGUCUCUAUGAAGGCUUCCGACUCCUUGCCUUUGUCGUUCCCUCCACUAGUGAAGUUCAUCACCACCAGGGGGAGCCGGAUGGCGCAGACAGAGCUCUGCAGAGGCUCAUCCUGAAGAAGCUGUCUCUAUUGGUGUCCUCUCACUGCAUUCCCGACACGCUGGUGCUCGUCCCGGCUGUAUCCCUGACUCCUCAUGGCAAAGUAGACAUGAAAGCUCUGAUGAGAAUAUAUGAAAAACAGAGAGAGUGGUUAAGGUUUUCACGGCUAGAGGUCGGGAGACUAAAGCAAACUCUUCAGGCUCUCUGGCAGGAUGCUUUAAGUCUUCCUGCAGAUGCGUCUAUUGAUGAGCGGUCCAACUUCCUGUUCAGUGGAGGGGAUUCCCUGAAGGCACUGCAUCUCUGUCAGGACAUCCUUGCUGCUGUGGGAGUGUCUUCUCCACAGCUCCUGGAAGUUAUACUAGACAGGACCUUUUCGGAUGUUCUGCACCAUGUAACACAAAUUCUGUCGGAGAGGGACGGCUCCUCGUCGUCGACUGAGAAACGGGCCGCUAAUCUACCGUCUGCGAUUCCAGCAAAGAGAGGACGUAAAUCUGAGAGGACGGAGGGAGAGAAACUUGGGUGUAAAGUUGUGAGACGAGGAGGCGAGGUGCGAGGAAUGAACAGGAGGAACGUAGACGCUGGUGAAGAAAUGUGGGAAGGAGAGAAUGCUGAAAACAGCUCUUACAAACAUGUCAACGUUUGCCUCAGUCUGAGCUGGUCCUCGGACACUGGCAGGUGCGUGGACGCCUCCCCGGUGAUUCUGGUCCAGGAUGUUGCCAAUGGGACAUCCAGAGCCACAGUGUUCAUCGGCUCCCAUUCCCACAGGAUCCAGGCGUUGGACCUGCUCAGCGGGAACCUUCUGUGGGAGCGAGUCGUCGGGGACAGAAUCGAGGCCUCGGCCACCGUGUCUCACUGCGGUUCCCUCGUUGUUGUCGGUUCCUAUGAUGGCUGUGUUUACUUUUUAUGCACCAAAUCUGGCGAGACCAGGUGGAUGUAUAAGACAGAGGACGCAGUAAAAAGCUCUCCUGCUGUAGACCCUCUCACUGGCCUGGUGGUGGUGGGCUCACAUGAUGGGCACGUUUACGCCCUGGACCCACAGCUUCGGCAGUGUGUCUGGAAGCGACACUGCGGCGGAGGAGCUGUGUUUUCUUCUCCGCACCUUCAACCAUCUCAUCGACGGCUGUAUGCAGCAUCGCUGGGAGGACACCUGCUGUGUCUCAAUCUGGACAGUGGUGAUGUCCUGUGGUCCUACUGUAGAGACAAACCUUUCUUCUCCUCACCGACCUGCUUCUGUGGACACAUUGUGAUCGGCUCGGUGGAUGGAAACAUCUGCUGCCUCAGCGACACCGGGGAACUGCUGUGGCAGUUCCUAACAGAGGCACCAGUUUUCUCCUCGCCGAGCUUUGUACCAGGACAGCAGACGCUUCUGUGCGGCUCACAUGACGGUCGGCUCUACUGUCUGAACUCUGCCGACGGCUCCUUAAUUUGGAGUUUUCAGGCAUCGAGCAAGGUGUACUCUACUCCCUGUGUGUUUGAGGGCUCUACUGUUGGCAGCAGGGGGGUUCUGGUGGGCCUGGCCUCCACAGAUGGCACUGUCUGGAUCCUGGACGCAAAAGAUGGACAUGUUCUGGCGUCGCACGCCCUGCCCGGGGAGCUGUUUUCAUCGCCAGUUGUAUGGCAACAGUCUCUUGUUAUCGGGUGCCGUAAUGACUAUGUGUACUGUUUGAACCUGACUGUCAAUGUGGAGAGGUCAUGAUGGAUGUCUGCACUGAUUAUACAGUUGUUUUCAAAGUAAUAUCAGCUCUAAUAAGGAUCAAAAUCCUUAGGCAAGCUAUUUCCAUAAAUGCAAAAUGUAGACCAUUGUUUUUUUUAAUAAGGAGACUAUCUGGCAGUUUCGUGCUCAUAUGCUUGACCUUGGUAUCUUUUAAUUGUUACAGUGCUCACAGGUAACUAUAAACAUUUUUGGGGUCACCCUGGAGCUCA